CGGCGGCGGCAGCAGCCUCUGAGCCGGCGGGUCGUGCAGCAGGCUGCCGUGACCCGCGGCGCGAGCCCGCACCCUUCUGCGCGCCGCGCCGCGACACCAUGGAGCCCGCCGUGUCGCUGGCCGUGUGCGCACUGCUGUUUCUGCUCUGGGUGCGAGUGAAGGGACUGGAGUUCGUGCUCAUCCACCAGCGCUGGGUAUUCGUGUGCCUCUUCCUGCUGCCGCUCUCGCUCAUCUUCGACAUCUACUACUACGUGCGUGCCUGGGUGGUGUUCAAGCUGAGCAGCGCGCCGCGCCUGCACGAGCAGCGCGUGCGGGACAUCCAGAAGCAGGUACGAGAAUGGAAGGAACAGGGCAGCAAGACCUUCAUGUGCACGGGGCGUCCUGGCUGGCUCACCGUCUCACUGCGGGUUGGGAAAUACAAGAAGACACACAAGAACAUCAUGAUCAAUCUGAUGGACAUUCUGGAAGUGGACACCAAGAAGCAGAUUGUUCGAGUGGAACCCUUGGUGUCUAUGGGUCAGGUGACGGCUUUGCUGAACUCCAUUGGCUGGACCCUGCCUGUGUUGCCCGAGCUCGAUGACCUCACAGUGGGGGGCCUGAUCAUGGGCACAGGCAUCGAGUCGUCGUCGCACAAGUACGGCCUGUUCCAACACAUCUGCACCGCAUACGAGCUGAUCCUGGCAGAUGGCAGCUUUGUGCGCUGCACUCCGUCUGAAAACUCAGACCUUUUCUAUGCUGUGCCCUGGUCCUGUGGGACCCUGGGUUUCCUGGUGGCUGCUGAGAUCCGUAUUAUCCCUGCCAAGAAGUACGUCAAGCUGCGGUUUGAGCCAGUUCGGGGCUUGGAGGCCAUCUGUGAAAAAUUCACCCAUGAGUCCCAGCGGUUGGAGAACCACUUCGUGGAAGGGUUGCUGUACUCCCUUGAUGAAGCUGUCAUCAUGACAGGGGUCAUGACGGAUGACGUAGAGCCCAGUAAGCUGAAUAGCAUUGGCAGCUACUACAAGCCAUGGUUCUUCAAGCACGUGGAGAACUACCUGAAGACAAACCGUGAGGGCCUUGAGUACAUUCCCCUGAGGCACUACUACCACCGCCACACGCGCAGCAUCUUCUGGGAGCUCCAGGAUAUCAUCCCUUUUGGCAACAACCCCAUAUUCCGCUACCUCUUUGGCUGGAUGGUGCCCCCUAAGAUCUCCCUCCUGAAGCUGACGCAGGGCGAAACUCUCCGCAAGCUGUAUGAGCAACACCAUGUGGUACAGGACAUGCUGGUGCCCAUGAAAUGCCUGCCCCAGGCCCUGCACACUUUCCAAAAUGACAUCCACGUCUACCCCAUCUGGCUGUGCCCAUUCAUCCUGCCCAGCCAACCAGGACUGGUGCACCCCAAGGGAGAUGAGGCUGAGCUCUACGUGGACAUCGGGGCAUAUGGGGAGCCGCGUGUGAAGCACUUCGAGGCCAGGUCCUGCAUGAGACAGCUGGAGAAGUUUGUCCGGAGUGUGCACGGGUUCCAGAUGUUAUAUGCCGAUUGCUAUAUGAACCGCGAGGAGUUCUGGGAAAUGUUUGAUGGUUCCCUUUACCACAAACUGCGCAAGCAGCUCGGCUGCCAGGACGCCUUCCCUGAGGUGUAUGACAAGAUCUGCAAGGCGGCAAGGCACUGAGCGGGGCACCUGGGGAGCCAGAUGCAUGGGAAUGGACUUGCUCUCCCUCGCUCAGCCUCUCUGCUUUCCCAGACUUCAGAAAGAAACCCCUCCAGAAAUCCCCAAGGCAGCCUGACGGCCUCCAGGGCGCUCAGGCAAGUGGAAGCACAUGGGAUUUGGAGUCAGAUGGUCCUAAGUCCCGGUCCCAGAAUAGUCACUCAUUAGCCGUGCGACACUGACUCUGGGCUAGUCACUCGGCCCCUCUGUGCCCAUGUUCAUCUGUGUAAGGAGGUAAAAAUACCUACCUGUGGGAUGUCAUCUCCAUAAAGGGCCGGUUGUGUGGGAGGAGCUUCCCAAGCGGAAGCCACUACCACUGCUUCCCAUUCAACCUCACACCUGACCCAUGCUUUGGAUUCAGCCCUGAGCCUGGGAAGAUGCCCCACGUGUCAUCUGGCAGGAUGAAGGUUGCCUUGAAGUUGCACCUGCAUUGUCUGCUUCAGCCACAAGAGCCCUUCGUGGGGGCAAAGGAGGUUCCUCCUUCCCCUGGACCUCUGCGGGGACCACAUGACGGGCAGGCAAGCCCAGGAUGUGCUGUGCCAAAGCUAGGUCCAGUCCAAAGUUCUCUCUGCCAUCUUUGGGCCAUCCUGCCCCUUCUUCCUGUGUGCUCAGGCCCGAGAGCUACCCCAGCCAUCAUUGAGCCCAUUCAGGGCUGUUCCUGGAAAAGACAUCUCAAGAUGGGAA